AUUUACUUUAAGGUUCAUAUUCUCCAAGGCUAUUCUGCUUUAAAUUACUUGGAAGCUGUGCUUCAAGACAAGAAAAGAAGUGGCUUAUUAAAAUCAGGUUAUAACCAAAUUUUGGCCAAGAAUUUGUAAGAUUACCAGUAUACUCAUGGACAUGGAACACGCAGGACAUUACCUGCAUCUUGCCUUUGUGAUGACAACAGCUUUUUCUUUGUGUCCUGGAACAAAAGCAAACUAUACCCAUCUGUGGGCUAACAGUACUACUGUCUGGGAUCCAGAUAUUCAAAAUAAGACGGGCAGAAACCAAAAUGAAAACAUGAACACAAACCCUACAACUUCUGCAGUAGAUAAAAAGAGUAAUUCUACAAACAUGACUGAAAUCGCCACGUCAUCUCCUGUCCUAUCUCUAACACCUAAAUCGGAACUGGAGAUUUAUAUACCUUCUGUUGUCAGGAACAGCUCUCCAACAGUACCGAGCAUCAAAAACACAAGCAAAAGUCCCCAUGACAUUUUCAAAAAAGGGGUCUGUGAGGAAAACAACAACAAAAUGGCUAUGCUAAUUUGCUUAAUUAUAAUUGCAGUGCUUUUUCUUAUCUGCACCCUCCUAUUUCUUUCGACUGUAGUUCUGGCAAACAAAGUCUCAUCCCUCAGACGAUCAAAACAAGUAGGCAAGCGUCAGCCGAGAACCAACGGCGAUUUUCUGGCAAGCAGUGGUCUAUGGCCUGCUGAAUCAGACACUUGGAAAAGAGCACAACAGCUCACAGGGCCCAACCUAAUGAUGCAAUCUACUGGAACUCUCACAGCUACAAGGGACAGAAAAGAUGAAGGAGGAACUGAAAAACUCACUAACUAACAGAAGCUUUAGUGAAGACAAAUGCAAAGUAGCAAUGAGAAAGCUUAUGAAGUAAAAAUGAAAUCCGUUUGGUAUUAAAUGCCACAAGUUGGUCUAAAAUCUGUUGACAUGGCAGCCUUGCAAUUUAGAAUCGAGCAGGCGAGAAGGGAAGAAGUCAGUUCACCUUCUCAAAUACUUAAACUGUGCACUUUCAUUCUGACACUGAAUAUUUUAAGAAGCAAAUAAUAAAACACCCAAGAACGUGGAGAAGGUUUUAAAGAUGAGUUGAAGGAACUAAUUAAUGGAGGUAGAAAGGAACAAUUAAAUAUUUCCUGUUCAGCAGCAGUAGUUAGAUGAUCUUUGUCUGAAUGUAAUUAAACUUUGAAGAGUUUUAAUGUGUCCUUAGAGGCAAGUAUAUGCUUCAACAUCUAACAGAAGCCAAAUUCCUAAUGCACAGAGUUGAACUGUAGUUUAACGGUGCCUCUGCUGAAUGAGACGGAAUCUGUCCCAGCUCGUAUAGCAACACAGCUAAUUUUAUGCUAGAUGUUUUCAUCUUUAAGUAUGGCACACAUAAGAAAGUGUUUUUCUACUACAAAUAUUUAAUUAAAACUUUUAAUUUUGUAUCAUAAGUUAAGACUCAUUAGAAUAAAACUGACUACAUA